AUGAAUUCAUUAAGAUCAAUAAUCAAUUUAAAGAAUUUUUCACGUCUGAAUCGAUUUUCACCUUCCACGAUUCAUAACCGAUUUCCUUUGUUUUCUAGAACAAACAAAGCUUCAAUCCACCAUUCUGAGUAUUCGACGACAACUUCAAUACAAAAUGAGAACAUCAAAGUUUGGAAUGUUUAUGGACCUUCAUUUGUUAAUUGUUUUGUAAUUGGUUCAAUAACUUAUAUUGGGUUACAUGUUCUUUGGUAUAAAUUAGCUUUUAUUGAACUUCAACAAGAAAUGGAAAACAAAAUGAAUGAAUUAGAAAACAAAAUCAAAUGUUUAAAGAAAAAUAAAAAGUUGGAAAAUUAG